CAGCUGUGCCUCUUUACGGAUCCCGCUGUAACACCUCGGCCACACCCUCUCCACAUUUGCGAAAUUUCAAGUGAUGCACACACGGAGGCAUAUGAAAUAGCACACCGAAGCCGUUGCUAAGGAAAUAAAGACCGAAGAAAUACCCUCGCUUAUCGGCCCAUGCCUUUGAUAUCCAAAUCUUAUUGGUCUUUUCUCUUUCUUUACCCCCGAAGCCUCUCAGGCCAUAACAUCUAGUCUACUUGUACGCUUACACGCGUAUACCGAGCCGCACCGGACUACAUCGAAACAGAAGACCCAAGAGGCUAAACUGGAGCAAAGAAAGUCACAACAAAAGCAUUAAAGAUGGCUCCCUUGACGUGGUUUAUUACCGGCUGCUCUAGUGGCUUCGGCGAGCUCUUAGUACGCCAGCUCCGGGCUGCCGGCGAUAAUGUCAUCGCCACUGGCCGUAGUGCUGAAAGCAGGCUCGCCCAUCUCAAAGACACAGGAGCAGCUAUCCUCGACCUUGAUGUCACGGCGCCGGCCGCUGAAAUCCAGACCAAAGUCGACGAGGCCUGGAACAUCUAUCCAGGAGGUAUUGAUAUUGUGGUCAACAAUGCGGGCUACAUCGUCAGCGGAGCCGUUGAAGAAUUGACACAAGAAGAUAUGGAUCUCUCUUUCAAAGUCAACUUCCAUGGUCCACUCAACAUCACCCGUGCGUUCUUACCUCGCCUACGGGAAAAAAACAAGGGUACGCUUCUCUUUGUGAGUUCUCAAGCGGCGUGGCAUGGCGAUCCAAGCGCUGGCAGCUAUUGUGCCGCCAAAUUUGCUCUAUCAGGUGCCGUUGAAUGCCUCGCCAAAGAAUUGGCCAUUUUUGCUCCCGGCGUCAAAGUGCUCAUCGUUGAGCCUGGUUAUUUCCGGACCAAGGUCUUCUCCAACAUCAAGCAUGUCGAGCCCCGCCUGCCGGUUUAUGCCCAGUUUAAUGCCGGUGUCCGGCAGUACGAGGCAUCCAUUAUCGGCAAUGAGCCUGGCGACGCCGAUAAGGCUGUUACGCGAAUGAUUGAGCUGGUCAAGGGCACGGGUAUGGCUGCGGGGAAACAGAUACCGCUGCGUGUUCCUCUAGGGUCGGAUGGCUGGGAUAGGAUCAAAGCGAAGUGUGAGGAGACGCUGGCGAUCUGCGAAGAGUGGGAAGAUGUUGCAAAGAGCACAGACCAUGUGGCAGUAGAUGCCGCUUAGAAAUUGAAGUGACGACUAAUUACAAUCACUAUUUUCCACAGUCACGAUAACAGAGGUAACGUUGAUAUUGGUGUGAAACCAACCAGCGAUUUGCAAGAAGCGUAUACU